AUGAUCCCGACGCUGCAAAGAUCUUUGAGGUCAGUUUUAGUGCCACAAUGUCGAAAAUCGCUUUCGUUAAGUCCGUUCAAAUCAGGCAUUAGGCUUGUGUCUACCGAAAUUCAACAAAAGGAUGAGCAAGCUGGUGAAUCAAACACUGCAACCGAUACUGGUGUGAUACAUAAAACGGAGGAGGAGACCCUUCUAUACUUUGACAACGUGUAUCCUCGUGCAACCUCGCUAUGGAGUCCCACCCAGUGGUACAACGCUUUACUUACUAACCAGUCGCGCGACGCGGUGCGAUCGAAAAUUAUGGAAUACGCCAGUCCUGAAAGUAAUCCGAUCCAUGGGCUCGAACUUAGAUCAAGCAUCCCUGUCAAGCGGGACGGAGGAGUUUUCGCUACGUUUCUGGUCCCGCGAGGCUACACUCUCGCCGAAGUUAACUCUAUGAUUCAAAAAAACACAGCAAAGGAGUCAUCAAAAUCUGUUCUCUCCUUUGUAACCAGGGCCGCAGCUUUUCCAGUAAAGGGCUCUCCUUGGAUAGAAGAUCUCCGCAGACUGCCUAGUACCAUGGUUAAGAUAAAAUUUGAGGGUCAGCCGCUGAUAGAGGAGGAAAUUUACUCUUUGUUCAGAAGAUAUGGGACCAUCGUCGACAUUUUUCCGCCCAAAAAAGGCGAGAACACUGCAACGCUUCGAUAUCGCUCAUUCCGUGGCGCUAUCUGUGCCAAAAACUGUGUGUCAGGCAUGGAGAUUCACAACAGCGUCAUCCAUGUUCAAUAUGAAAGACUUGCCAACGAACAUAUGUUUAAGGACUUCUUUAUCAAUCAUACAAGAAUCGCCAUCCCCCUGGUUAUCGCGCUGCUUUCCAUCGCAGCUGUCCUUAUUUUUGAUCCUAUACGUGAGUUUUCCAUUAGGCAAAAAAUCACACAUCAGUUUUCUUUCUCCAAGGACAACUACUUCAUCAAAGAAUUCUUCAAACUCACCUCUUACACUGUGUCGUCAUUCAAGAGCUUGCUAGGAAGUGAGACAGUACAAACCAACAAAAAACAACUGUGGGAAGAACGCAUAGAAAAAGUAAGUGAUUUAAGAAUGUGGUUGGAAGAGAACAACAAUACUUUUGUUAUUGUUAGGGGUCCACGAGGUUCAGGUAAACAUGACCUUGUCGUGCAGCACACGCUUCAUGACAGACCUAAUGUUCUUUACAUAGACUGUGACAAGCUUACAAAAUCGAGAACGGACUCCAAAUUUCUGAUGAAUGCUGCUGCUGAAAUUGGCUUUUUUCCUAUAUUCCCAUGGGUCAAUUCUCUAACAAACAUCAUUGACUUAGCUGUUCAAGGUUUAACCGGUCAAAAAACAGGACUGUCUGAAAGCAAAGAAACCCAGUUUAGAAACAUGUUGACUACCGCUCUGAUGUCUAUCCGGCAAGUUGCUUUGAAGGGAUAUCAUCCGACAAUUGGAAGCGGCGAAAACACUAUUAGUGUAAAAGAGGAAGACUACCUACAGCAGCACCCCGAAAAGAAGCCUGUCAUUGUUAUCGAUCGGUUCAGCGAUAAAGCUGAGAUGAAUAGUUUCGCGUUUAAAGAGCUUUCCGAUUGGGCCGCGAUGCUCGUUCAGAUGAAUAUUGCCCAUGUCAUCUUUUUAACAGAAACAGUAUCACCCAAUCAACUUCUCUCGGACUCUUUGCCAAACCAGGUAUUCAAGACUCUGGCUUUGUCUGAUGCCUCAAAGGAGUCAGCUAGGUCAUACGUUUUAGCCUCAUUAGAACAAGCAGGUCCUACAGAGAAUGAGAAGAAGCGGUCGGCACCCCUUGAGCUCUCUGAAGAAACAAUGCGCGAAAUAGACACAUCGCUCGAACCUCUAGGUGGUAGAAUGCUUGAUCUACAAGCUUUCGUGAGGCGAGUCAAGUCAGGAGAAAACCCAAAAGAAGCCUUGGAUAAAAUGGUCGAACAAGCUUUGGAGCAGAUAACCCAAAUUUUCUUGUCGGAGAAUGUUGAUCAAAUCAAGAGCGCCCAAGCCUGGGAGUUGAUUGAAUUACUGAGCAAGGAGCCAGUUGUUCCUUUUAAGAAAAUUGUUUUCAGGCCUUUGUUCAAAAGUUCCCCGGAAGCCGGACUUUUGGAGCUCGAAAAGAAUGGACUAAUUACUGUUUCGAGGGAUAGAGGUGUUUUGAAAGACAUUAGACCGGCCAAACCUCUUUUCAAAGCCGCUUUCGAAUAUCUUUUGAAUAGCGACGAAAUCUCAACGGUUCUUGAAACAAGUUAUUUGCUAAAAAUGAUAAAUUUCGAGACUAAGCGAAUUCAGAAGUGGGAAGAGGAGCUUAAAUCUCUAGGAAAAGUCACAGACACAAAAAUGUUCAAAAGCCGACUCUCAUAUCUUGCCAACAAGAUUGAUGCUAGUAGUGACACCAUCGCUAGCUGUGAGGAAAAGAUCAAGAUACUGUCUAAAAGCACGAAAUCUUAG